AUGGUUGUAAGGGAGCUUACAGGAGGUAUUUAUUUUGGAAAACCGAGGGGUUUUAGCAUGAAUGAAAAUGGUGAGGAGAUUGGUUUCAACACAGAGGUGUAUGCAGCCUAUGAGAUUGAUCGCAUUGAUCGCAUAGUAUUUGAGAGUGCACGGAAGCGCCGACAGAAACUGUGUUCUGUGGAUAAAGCAAAUGUUUUGGAGGCAUCAAUGCUUUGGAGGAAAAGAAUUAUUGCAAUAGCCUCAGAGUACCCUGAUGUUGAACUUUCACACAUGUAUGUCGAUAAUGCUUCAAUGCAGCUUGUUAGUAAUCCAAAGCAGUUUGAUACCAUUGUAACGAACAACAUUUUUGGUGAUAUCUUAUCGGAUGAGGCUUCAAUGAUUACUGGAAGCAUUGGGAUGCUUCCAUCUGCUAGUCUUGGUGAAUUGGGACCUGGACUUUUUGAACCCAUACAUGGUUCUGCUCCUGAUAUUGCUGGAGAGGAUAAAGCAAAUCCCCUGGCAACAGUGCUAAGUGCCGCAAUGCUUUUAAAGUAUGGCCUAGGAGAAGAGAAGGCUGCCCAAAGAAUCGAGACUGCAGUGCUGUAUACAUUAAAUAGAGGGUUUCGUACAGGUGGCAUACACUCGGCAGGAAAUAAAUUAGUAGGAUGCAAAGGAGAAGGGCGAAGAAGUAUAGAAGUCCAUAGAUCCUAA